AUUAUUUUGUUUUUAUUUUGUGAUUAAUAUGCCGUGAAAGACGUGACUAGAAAGAUAUCUGUUAUAAUCGGGACAAUAUGAGGUCAUACCAUUUCAACCGCAAGAGUAAUAGUGCGACCCACGCAGAGCCACCGGAAAUUAUCUAGUGACUGGGAUCGAUACGAACAGCCACCGCUCAAUGGGCGACAACCUAUGAAUAGCUUUUACCGUGGUUUGUGGCAUCUCGCUUCGAUAAAAGUACGGGCUAUACAAAGGGACGAAGAAAUCCUCAAGAGGAGAAAGAGCUGCCGAAAACAAAAGAUACCGCAAAAGGUGAAGUAUAAAGGUGUGACUGAUGGGGACCGUCCGACAGAAGAGGUCCUGGGGCUGGCAGAAAUAUUAGCGCCGUUCUCAGGAUAAAGGGAAGAUGACGGCGAUCAGCGGAGUGUGGCUCAUAAUGUCUU